AUGUAAGGAAAGAGAGACGAUCGAUUUUAUGCAUUUAGAGUCUAUUGUACAAGUUAAGAUAGGGGAAACGCAAAUUAAAUGCAUAUGACAGAAUGGCAAAUUAAAAAUCGAGAUGUAUGGAAUAUGUAUGAUUAAUCGAGAAUAGAGAUUUAUAUAAGUGGGAAUGGUGGAAUUCAAUGA